AUGUCGGUUUAUGGGAUGUCCGUUCUGGAGGUCUUCUCGGUCAUAGAAGGUGUGGUUGCAAUUGCUCUGAACACAGGUAUCAUCAUCAUAAAUGUGAAUAGCAUUAAAAAUGGGCUAAAGCUGAUCCCCUCUGAGCUAAUCCACCUUACCAUGGGAGUGGCUAACAUCACCAUGCAGAGCUUAUUGCUUGCAGAAUUACGGAUCUCAUAUCUGUGGGUUGAUCUCGUCCUUCUGCCAUUCCUCAUGUUCUUCACCAGCUGGCUGAGUGCCUGGCUCUGUGCCUAUUACUGUGCCACCAUCACCAACUUCAGUCACCGCCUCUUUGUCUGGACUGAAGAAGGACACUCUGAGAAUGGUACCCUCAGUUCCAGCACUGUUACUGGGGUAGUUUGUAGCAGCUUACUAUACAUGAUACUUCUCAACUGUCUGGGGUUCUGUUUCCCAUUCCUCGUCAUUCUCAUCUCCCUUAUGAUCACAUCAUCCUCACUUAUAAGGCACAUCUGGAAUAUAAAGAAUAAGAAUUCUGGAAUCACUCCUCCUAAGCUCCAGGCCCAUACUAAUGCCAUCAGAACAAUUGCCCUCUUCCUCAUCCUCUCUGGAGUGUACUACAUAGCUGAGGUCAUCAUCUUCACUGGAAAUUCCAACAGUACAGUUUCUCUAAAGUAUUUUAGCUGGUGUAUGAUCAUGAUAUUUCCAACAGCAGAGGCCAUCGUCAUUACCCAGGGAAGUGCCAGGUUCAGGAAGGUGUUUUUGGGGAUGGUCUGUGCUAAAUAA